AUGGCAUCCUCAACCACCAACCAAGCUUGGUCCUGGUCUGCUGCUCUCGACGUUUGGCUGAGCGAGUCUCGGGCAUUCUCGUCCGAUGUGCUUGGACCCGCUGCCAGGCCCUGUCUUACUGGCAAUACCGAGGCUAACACACAUAUCCAACAGGUACUGAGGUACGUGGCACUAGGCUCAGGUCUCCUCUACGGCUACUUCCACAACGCAACCCUGCACAAAGCCGCAGAGGGUAAACGGGCAGAAGCUGCCUAUGCGACAAAAGAGCAACUCAUCAAGAAGGCAAAAGCAGCUUAUGCGCAGUCGAAGCUUCCUGCAUCGCAAAAGACUGGCGAUGGCAAGAUUGUCCCGGAUUGGGAGAAUGGCUCCAACUUGGACGACUACUUUAAGCAGCUCGACGCAGAGGCAUAG